GAUGCAAAGCUUCCAUCCUCCAUCCUCCUGAUUGUUAGGGUUACAUUCGAUACAAUGGCUCGCACCAAGCAGACAGCCCGCAAGUCUACUGGCGGCAAGGCCCCCCGUAAGCAGCUGGCAACAAAGGCAGCUCGCAAAUCUGCCCCUGCCACAGGAGGUGUCAAGAAGCCUCACAGGUACCGCCCUGGAACCGUGGCUCUGCGUGAGAUCCGCAAGUACCAGAAGAGCACGGAGCUGCUGAUCCGCAAGCUGCCCUUCCAGCGCCUGGUUCGUGAGAUCGCCCAGGACUUCAAGACCGACCUGCGCUUCCAGAGCAGCGCAGUGCUGGCCCUGCAGGAGGCUGCUGAGGCCUACCUGGUGGGCCUGUUCGAGGACACCAACCUGGCCGCCAUCCACGCCAAGCGCGUGACCAUCAUGCCCAAGGACAUCCAGCUGGCCCGCCGCAUCCGUGGCGAGCGCGCCUAAGCUGACAUAGGUUCAGGCACCAGUACCAGGGAUCUUCGAAAUCAAUGUUGCGCAUGGAUGCGCAAGCUGCUGUUAAUCGGCUGCUACUUUCUGAGAUUGAAGGUUAUGAGGAUGCCCCGUAUGUGUGACAAAGACACUGUACCUUUUGCGACAACUCAUGAUACAUUAUGACAUGGAGAGGGUGCUCCUUGGGUUGACAGCCCCUUUUGACGUUGUAGAUCAUAGUGACAGCAAUGUGACUUAGAAGCCGGCUGCGCAGUAAGAAUGCAUGACCUGGUGUGUUGCAUCUCUUCGGCCGAUUGAAUCGUUCCUUUGGCCGAUUUAUAAAUUAUCACGGUUGCAAAUUGUGGGAAGAGAUUUCCCAGAGUGUCAUAUUGUCUGGUAAAUUUUUGUUCAUGGUCGCAUGCAAGGCCUAAUUGUGAGGAACGUCAGGGUGCACACGUGUUAACAUUGCUGUCCUUAUUUCACUCCCACUAUAAACAAUGUAAGAAGUCCCAACAAGC